UUGUGUGGAGCUUUUUUUCUGACAUUUUGCUGCUGUAAGCUGCAGGGCCCCCCUUUUCCAAUUUCCACCGCCAGUUGCAAGUUGCAGUUGAGUGACUGAGAAAGGGCAGUUUAAUCAACCCACACACCUCGUUCCUCACGAGAGAGAUAAGAAUCACUGAGGAAGACGAACUAUCAGAGGAUCUGUGGCGGGAGGCAAAACGAAACCCAUCAUCUCAGCUCGGGAGGUGAUUGGGUGCAGUGCUGACGAAGAGGGAGGGAGGAAUCGGCCAAGUAGGUUGCUGAAGGUGCAGAUCAGACACCAGAGCAGCUAAUCGACGAGUCAAAGUCGAGGUGCAGUGUAAAUAGGUCCAAGGUGAGCAAAGACGUCCUCAAACAUGACGGAUGACGGGCUACAUUAGGCGUCACAUGUGGACCAGAUACUGUGGGGGGACACGAGACCAGCUGCAGGCCCCAGAACUUCACCAAUCCUCUGUCGUCCGCCUAAUCGUGUCUUCAGUCCAAGGUUGUCCUCAGGUGUAGAUGAGCCAUGGACGCCUCCUGGUUCCUCCUGGUUGUGUCUGCCGCCCUUUUGGUGUCCAUGGUCCUGCUGGUCAUCAUGUGUCUGGACUGCAGGAGAAAAGGUCCCCUGGUCUCCAUCAGAGAAACAGAUCCCUCAGAUGAAUACAUAAAUCCCCCACCAAUAACUCAUCCAUUUGGCGUCCAGCUAACCACCGAUCUGAGAUCCAUCCGUUCUCCCUCCAGCUUGCUGUCCCCUUUGUCUUCAGCCGACGCUGGCUCUCACUGGCUACACAGAUCCGUCACCCCAACAGAGACAGAAAGUAAUCCAAGUUAUGAGAAUCCAGUUCAAGACGGACCUGUGGACAGCGAUGUAGAAGACCCUGGAUACAUAAUCGUGUUGCCUAAUGAAGACGUUUCUCCUUCGAACAAUCAGAGCCGAGCAUCAACCCCCAGUUUAGAUCAACACGAUUACGAGAACGUACCGGAGCAGAAGGUUCCAUGUCCAGACUCUGAAGAGGACAGAGACUAUCUGAAUGUGGUACCGCUGCACUUUCAAAAUUCAGCUCAGAGCUUCAAAACAUUACAGAAGGAUGAAGAAUCACUGUCUCAAAGCAACACAGAUGAUGAGGACGAUGAGAGUGAUGAUGACGGGGGGAACUACGUCAACGAACUACCAAUUUGUCACGCUCACUCCAGUGCAUGACCAGCACAGAUGAACCGAAACGUGUGAUUGGCUUCUAGCAGCCUGACCACAUUACAACCACCAUGGCAAAUUUCUUUGCCUCCACCACUUCUAACAAUCUUUGACAAUUACUAUUUCAGGUUUUUUUAAACGGAGAAAAGAGACCACUUAGUUCUCUGAACUGAAAAUCUGUGAGGUUUCAGUUUUAUCAAGCCUCUGAAAACAAGAAUCUGAUGCCAAUGUGUGUAGAUUUAUGGCCCAAACUGCUGAAUUUCCGCUCCCACAACAAUAAUUACACCUUCAGUUACAGUAUAUGUGUACAAAUGACUGGAAGUACAGCUUAAACCAAAACUGAAUACUAUCACCAUAUUGAUGUAAUGUGAUAUUUGAUGUCCUUUUAGCUAAACUACAGAUUUAUUUCUUACUGUUACUAAACCAGACUCAUCUUCAGCAAACUUCAAACCAUUCUGAAACGAUUAGAAGAAUAUAAAUCCUCUAGGUAUUAUUAAAACAUUUCACCCAUAGAUAUCUUCAUUUGCAUAUCGAUUUCCUUCUUCCUCUGACAUUACAAGAGGUUAAUGAGCUUUAGUCCAAUUUUACUGACAACUCCUGAGAAUGUCUGAAUUCACAGAAUAUUUUUUACAGUAUAUUUAUAUGUUGUUAUGUCUUUGUGAUGUGUAAUCAAAUUGUCUGAAUUAGAAAUGUUGAAGUAACUACAAUUAAAAUCUAAAACAACCUA